UACCAAACGACUGUAUUCCUACUUCACGUUUGUAUUGGAUUAUUCACUCGCUCAUUCAUUCGUUCGACGACGGACUCGGCCUGCGCACCGCCCGUAAAACGACCCUGAACGCCUCACAUACAUUCACCUUCGACACGGAAGAAACCAAUACAGUAAUACUGAAUUCGAAGGAACCGAUACAGUAAGUACUGAAUUCGAAGAAACCGAUGGCACCUGGGCGGUCCUCAGAGGAUCUGGACAACGAGGCCCUUCUCCCCGGUCCUUCACCAUCAACGUACAAGAAAUGGCGGGUUUUUCCUACAAGCAGAUUCGGCCGGAUCGCACUUCUCGUCGUUGUUACCGUAGCUCUGACAGGACUCACUCUACAUGCAGUGUUCAGGCCAGACUACGCGCGCGGUGUACGCACUGUGGUUGACUGGGUUAACAGUUCAACACCCGAAAAUGAAGGGAUGGAUGGACGACCAAACACCGCCCUUCCUGGUGAAGCGACUGGUGCUCCUGAUUCAUCCGGAGGCGGGAUCAUGAACGCUGGUGGAGGCGCUACGGACGAUGGGUACGAGUACGGAGCUCACGCAAAGGGGCAUGAAUGGACAAUGGAAGAAUUGCGAGAGAUGGUGAAAGGGACCAAGGGGUAUUAUGUCAGGGAUUGGAGUUUAGGGCUGGGAUGGAAUAACAUGCGCUACAUCAUCGAAGCCUCGCUCUUGCACGCCCAGCUGCUGAACCGCACGCUCGUUCUUCCCUCCUUCAUCUACGCACGCGGAUGUGAGUUUUCCUACGAUGUAUGCGCCGCGUAUGGACCGCAGGUCGACCGUUUCAGGGAGGUGGGCUGGAGAAGGGUCAAGAGAGGCGAAACCUCUGUCGAACGAAGCAUCGGAAUGCGCGACGACCCAGACGCAGGACGUGUCGGAUGGCGGAUUCCUAUAGAAUACAUGCUUGACCUUCCCCAUUUUCGCUCCGCUCAUCCCGUUGUUCUCGUCUCCGAAUACCUUACCUUGCAUGGUCUUGACCCCGCCAUCGAAUGGAAAUCGGGCAUGUGGGGCCGUGGGUCUUACCAAAAGGACAACACCUUUGCCCUUAUACACAACCAGGACUAUGACCCUCCCGCUAUCCUACGCGUGGACAAGCUUCUUCCAGAAAGCCAGACAUAUAUCGGGAAUUGGACGCAGAAAGGCGAGUUGGUCCAAGCGAGGAUACAACUCAAGAAAGGCACCAGCGAGUUUGGUGUCAUGGAGUGGGAGGACGUGAAGAAUGAUCUGAGGGGGGCUGACGGAAUUGAUGUCAACGAUGACGAGAGCCUGGUGCAAAGUCUUCGGGAAGGAGGGCUGAGUGUGCUGUACACAUUCCAAGGAUCACGAGGAAUCGACUUGAUCAAGCAUGUCACAGAGCCGAUCCGGCAAGUAGCACCGACCACCAUGCUCCGUGGACUGGUGGACGACUGGGACAAUAUCACGGACGAAGUCCUCGUCCUUGAAGGAGAGGUACAUCUGUGGCGCAAACCCGGCUCUCUUCGUUUCACGACACCAGCUGGACGAAGCGAGUUUGAGCAGAUCGUACUGCACAGUAUGCAACCACAUCCACGCGUCCGCGAAAUCGGAGAGCUUGUGGCCCGGCAUGUCUUCGAGCUCGUUCAAGGAAGAAUGUGGUUCGCCGGCCACCUGCGGCGAGGAGACUUUGUCCAACUCGGUUGGGCACUCGAGCACGAUAUCGGCCCGCAUCUGAAAAUGCUGACUGAUGCGUUUGAGAAGGGUAAAGAGACACUUCGCCAAAUAAAAGAGAAUGGGGAUGCGCAUGCAGCGCCAGUUCCCGGUGUUCAGCUCAAUACGAGUGUUUGGAGCCUGGAGCUGCCGCAACAAGGCGAUCCCUUCUUCCUCGCCACCGACGAGCGAGGUGCAGAGGAACUCGCAUACUGUCGGGCGCAUGGUGCACUCCUCACGCCAGACAUCAUCUCCUUCGCUGAUCGCCGACUGUACGGAUGGGAACUUCUUUUCUCAGACAUCGUCAUGCUCGUUGAGCAAGUGAUCAUGAGCCAAAGUGCCUUUUUCUAUGGUUAUGGUGCCAGCAGUGUUGCGGGUGGCACGCUCAAUCAGAGAGCUGCACGAGGAAUGGAUCCACGAACAGGUGUUGUGGAGUGAUCAAGGACGUUUGCUUCUUAGACACAUAGAUUGUGUAUCCAAAACUGUAUACCUGCUGGACACUGGAUGUCACCGCAGUUGUUCAUACUAGAUAUAAGCGCCAAAAUAUACCACGAUU